AUGUCCGGUAAAAAGCUCUCAACCUCCAUGUCCAUCCCACCUGUGGUGGAAGCUGCGGUGCACUGCUCCCCCAUAACACCGUUUUCCCCAUCCCUUCCUAUUAUUCUUAUUCUUUUGAGUAUUCUUCAUUGUCAAGCCGCCAAAGUGGAGAGUGUGAUUGCAGAAGGGGGUGCUUCUCGUUUCAGUGCUUCUUCGGGGGGAGGAGGUGGUAGGGGUGCACCUCAGCACUAUCCCAAGACUGUCGGCAACAGCGAGUUCCUGGGGAAAACCCCAGGGCAAAGCGUUCAGAGAUGGGUUCCUUCACGAAGCACUAGACGAGAUGUCAACUCCAGCAACGAAAAAGAGCGACACGAUGCAAUCUUCAGGAAAGUGAGGGGCAUACUCAACAAACUCACGCCUGAGAAGUUUGACAAGCUAUGCCUUGAGCUCCUGAACGUGGGCGUAGAUUCAAAACUCGUCCUUAAAGGAAUCAUCUUGCUGAUUGUAGACAAAGCCCUAGAAGAGCCGAAGUAUAGCUCGCUCUAUGCUCAGCUAUGUCUGCGCUUGGCAGAGGACGCACCAAACUUUGAUGGCCCUUCAUCUGAGAUCCAAACAUCCCAAAAGCAGAGCACAACCUUCAGAAGACUGCUGAUUUCCAAACUUCAAGAUGAAUUUGAGAACCGCACCAGAAAUGUUGAAAUCUAUGACAAACAUGACAACCCUCUUACUUCUGAGGAGGAGGAGCAGCGUGCCAUUGCCAAGAUCAAGAUGCUUGGCAACAUUAAAUUCAUCGGGGAACUUGGCAAACUCGACCUCAUCCACGAAUCUAUCCUUCAUAAGUGCAUCAAAACACUUCUGGAAAAGAAGAAGAGAGUCCAGCUCAAGGAUAUGGGGGAGGAUCUGGAGUGCCUCUGUCAGAUAAUGAGAACAGUGGGGCCGAGACUCGACCAUGAGAAAGCAAAGUCUUUAAUGGAUCAGUAUUUUGGCCGUAUGCGAUCCUUAAUGAACAACAAGGAGUUGCCCGCAAGGAUCCGCUUCCUGCUGCAAGACACAGUGGAACUGCGAGAAAACAACUGGGUCCCCCGCAAGGCUUUCAUCGACAACGGACCAAAGACGAUUAACCAGAUCCGUCAGGAUGCAGUGAAAGAUUUGGGUGUUUUCAUCCCAGCACCCAUGUCUCAGGGGAUGAGGAUGGACUUCUUCUUGGAAAGCCCCUUCAUGCCCAACAGAAUGAAGCUGGACAGGGAGACUCUCGGGGGAUUGGCUGAUAUGUUUGGGCAGAUGCCAGGCAGUGGUAUUGGAACUGGCCCGGGGGUUAUUCAGGAUAGGUACUCGCCCACUAUGGGACGCCAUCGCACCAACCCGCUCUUCAACGGCCACAGUGGCCACAUCGCCCCUCCACCACAGUCACAGUUCGACAUGGGGCCAAAGUCUUUUGUUAAGUCCAACCAGGUUCAGAACCAGCAUUUCCUCAACCAGAACCAGAACCACUUGGCCCAGCAGCAGGUCCAGUCCAAGGACAUGCCUCCACGAUUCAGCAAGAAAGGACAGCUCAAUGCAGAUGAGAUCAGCCUCAGGCCUGCUCAGUCAUUCCUCCUCAACAAGAACCAGGUACCCAAGCUCCAGCCCCAGAUCCCCACCAUGAUGCCUCCUAGUGCCCAACCCCCACGCACUCAAACCCCCCCUCUGGGACAGCCUCCACAGCUUGGCCUGAAGACCAACCCUCCGCCCAUCCAAGAGAAACCUCAGAAGACAAACAAGAAACCUCCUCCUGCCAGGGAGGAACUGCUGAAAAUGACGGAGGCGAUCGUGACUGAGUACUUGAACAGUAAGAACCUGACCGAGGCUGUGAGCGGCGUGCGAGACAUGAAGGCUCCCAAGCACUUCCUGCCGGAGAUGCUGAGUAAGAUCAUCGUGUGUUCCCUGGACCGUCCUGAUGAGGACAAGGAGCACGCCAGCACUCUGAUCCACACGCUCCGCACGGAGGGCCUCAUCACUGGAGAGAACUUCAUGCAGGCUUUCCUCAACGUCCUGGACCAGUGCCCUAAGAUCGAGCUGGACGUUCCCCUGGUGAAGUCCUACCUGGCCCAGUUUGCGGCUCGGGCCAUCAUCGCAGAGCUGGUGAGCGUGGCGGAGCUGGCUCACCCCCUGGAGAACGGCACGCACUUCCCUCUCUUCCUGCUCUGCCUGCAACAGACGGCCAAGCUGAAGGACCGAGAGUGGCUCACCGACCUCUUCCAGCAGAGCAAGGUCAACAUGCAGAAGAUGCUCCCAGAAAUUGAUCAGAACAAGGACCGCAUGCUGGAGAUCCUGGAGGGGAAGGGCCUGAGCUUCCUGUUCCCGCUGCUGAAGCUGGAGAAGGAGCUGCUGAAGCAGAUAAAGGCAGACCCCUCUCCUCAGUCCAUCUACAAGUGGAUUAAAGACAACAUCUCACCCAAGCUUCAUACUGAUAAAGGCUUUGUCAACAUCCUCAUGACCAGUUUCCUCCAGUACAUCUCCCAGGAGCUGUGCAUGGCGGAGGGCGACGAGCAGCUGGCGGCCCCCUCCAAAGAGCAGCUGGAGCAGGAGAAGCAGCUGCUGCUGGCCUUCAAGCCCGUCAUGCAGAAGUUCCUGCACGACCAUACUGAGCUGCAGGUCAGCGCCCUCUACGCCUUGCAGGUGCACUGCAAUGCCAACACGUUCCCGAAAGGCAUGCUGCUGCGCUACUUCGUCAACUUCUACGACAUGGAGAUCAUUGAAGAAGAAGCCUUCCUCGCAUGGAAAGAAGACAUUACCCAAGAAUUCCCUGGAAAAGGAAAAGCUUUAUUCCAGGUCAACCAGUGGCUCACCUGGCUGGAGACAGCGGAGGAGGAGGAGUCAGAGGACGAAGCAGACUGAGAAACCAAGAAGAAGCAUCACGGUGUAGAAGAUCGACCUUCUCUCAUUAGUACACUCGCCUUUCCUUUAUUUAACUCCAUUCUUGAUUUAACCACUACCACGUGGCACUUAGCUGCUUCUGCCUCGCCAAUAUAAACCGAAAGCUUGUAGAGCCUCGCGUGUCACCACCCGCUCCGUGACGACGGGCCAGGGAGCAUCAUUUGACCUGUUGCCUGAUGGAUGUUUGAUUUUCGGAUCUGUGUCCUGAUCAGCUUACAUGAAUUCUGCAGUCUGCAGUGGCUCAACCAUGUCUCGUCGCUCAGACUCUGUUCAGUUAGUAACUUUUUUUUUUUUUU